AUGACCCUAACACAAAUUGGGACGGCCGACGUGCACAAUAUCACCUCCGGGCAGGUGAUUAUUGAUGUUUCUACGGCCUCUAAGGAACUGCUGGAAAACUCGCUGGAUGCUGGGGCAACUCAGGUCACCAUCACAUUUAAAAACCACGGGAUCGACUCUAUAGAGGUGAGCGACAACGGUACAGGAAUCGACGAGGAGGAUUUCGAUAGUCUUUGCAUGAAACACUACACCUCAAAGCUGCGUACGUUUGAGGACGUCGCGAAUUUGCGGACCUUGGGGUUUCGGGGAGAAGCACUGAGCUCGCUCUGUGCGGUAGCUACAGUGGACAUAACAACGUCAACCAAGACCAUGCAGCCUAGGGCUUACAAACUAGAAUACGACCAGCGUGGUAAUCUUAAAAGCAAGCAGACAGCGAGUCGAAGUUGCGGCACAACUGUGCUCAUCAGUGAUAUUUUCAGAAACUUGCCUGUGCGAAAAACGGACUUGAUCAAGAAUGGUAGACGAGAGUUUCAAAAGGCUGUGACUCUGCUGCAAUCGUAUGCGCUUAUCAAGGUUGGGCUCCGUCUCGUUGUCCAGCACGUUGACUCGCGUGGCAGGAAGACCAUUAUGCUUGCCACAAGCGGUUCCAAGCAGCUUCGCAGCAACGUGCUGAGUGUUUUCGGGGCCAAUGGUAUGGCAGGGCUAGAGCCAAUAGAUUUUCAGUUGAAUAUUUCUGCACGAUUUAGAUUGAAGGCUUGUGAUAUGUCGCUGAGUGUGCGUGGCUUUUUAUCCAACUGUUCGUUUGGCAAGGGACGUUCCGCUACUGAUAGACAAUUUUGGUAUGUGAACGGCAGGCCAGUGAAAUUGCAGCAGUUUUCCAAAGCUAUCACCGAUGUCUACAAAACUUUCAACCAUCUACAAUGUCCGGUAAUCCUGCUGAAUCUUGAGCUGGACCCACAAUUUAUCGAUGUGAACGUCACGCCAGACAAAAGAACGAUUUUCUUGCACAACGAGGCCGUCAUCAUUGAAGCUCUUAAAGAACGCGUUGCAGAAAUCUUCUCUGGCCAGGAUAUCAGCAUUCCGAAGAGUCAGUUGACAGUGGAGAGAAGCAGGGACAGCAGGCUUGCUAAGCAGGAAGUUGAGGAGGUGAACGAGCGUGAUUCUGGCCGCGAUCUCGACACGGAGCAAGAUGAUGGACCGGAAGAACAGGAAGAACAGGAAGAAGAGCCUGGCUAUGAGAAGGACCAUGAUCAAGACCGUGUUGAUAUCUGUCACGUGGACAAUAACAGAGCACAAGAGUUAGUGGGCCCCCCUUCAUCUAAAAGUGUCACGCCUGUCGCAGCUGAGACGGUGCAUGCGUCUGAAGGCGCAGACGAGGCUGACCCUGCUGAUAUCGACGAUACCCUAGAGUCUACCUCAAGAUUUCCGACUCGAACGCAAAUGCAGAGCACGCUCACUACGCUAUUUGAUAAGAGUGUAGAUGCCGAUAAAUCAGCUCCUGACUCAGAGCCUGACACGACGGAAUUCUCCAGGGUCGACGACCAGAUCUUGUCCUCCGAAAUCAAUGAGUCAAAUGAAGUCAGCUUUGAACAUAGCCCUGGUGUCCAGCCAGAAACCACCUCGCCAUUGCGGAUGAAAUUGCGCGACAAAUACAUUGAGACAUAUCCCACAGGACAACUAAAGCUGAGUUUUGAGCCCAAAUCAGAAAAGCGGACAGCGGGCGCAACGCUGACCCGAGCGCAAAGCUCGUUGCAUGACAUUGAAUUGCCAAUUGAGGCAAGUCCUGGUAGUUUCAAAAUGAAGAAACCCAAACUUGAAAGAAAUGCAGGCACCCGGGCUGCCGUCGAUGAUAUCACUGACGAGUCAGACGCAGAACGCAAGCUCAUGCUUUCUGUGUCCAAGAAGGAUUUCUUGGAAAUGCAGGUAAUUGGCCAGUUCAAUCUGGGCUUUAUUUUGGUGACCAAACAGGAUAAUUCUGGAACACAUCUAUUCAUCAUCGAUCAGCAUGCGUCUGACGAGAAAUAUAAUUUUGAGCGCUACCAAACGGAAACCGUGUUUAGCAACCAGCCGCUCGUGAUUCCACAGCAACUGCAUCUCAACGUUAUUGACGAGCUUGUCAUAAUGAACAACCUGGAAGUUUUUGAGAAAAACGGGUUUGGGCUACGUGUGGACGAAGACGCCCAGCCUGGCGAGCGUCUCAGUCUCACUUCACUGCCGUAUUCAAAAGACACUAUAUUUGGCCUGUCCGAUCUGGACGAGCUUGUACAUCUCGUCAAGGAACACCAUGGCAAGGGGGUACUGCGUCCUUCCAAAGUCCGUGCUAUGCUUGCUAUGCGGGCCUGUAGGACAAGCAUAAUGAUCGGCAAACCACUGAACCAUAGAACAAUGACCAGCGUCGUGCGCAACCUGGCGACUCUCGACAAGCCCUGGAACUGUCCACACGGCAGGCCAACUAUGCGUCAUCUGAUUGAACUGAAGAAUUGGGCUACUUUCAGCAAAGAUUAUGAAACAUAG